CUGCACAACUUCCGGUAGAAUCUAAACAAGCAGAGUGUCGUAAUCAUAAUGGCACACACAUCGAAAGUUUUUCCAAUUGUGGUUCAAAGAUGUUUAUUACGAUUCCCACGCGGCCUGCAAAGAUGUCCAAAUGUUCGCCAAAUUCAUCUGGACAUAGAGAAGGCUUCUGCCGCAACUGCCGCUGCAGUGAAGCCAAGGAUACCUCACCUGGAGGAAGAGAGAAAGGACAUGCCUGACAAGAACACCAGGCCUCUCUAUCUUGAUGCACAGGCAACAACUUCUCUUGACCCUCGUGUCCUCGAUGCUAUGUUGCCCUACUUUGUGACUCAGUAUGGGAACCCUCACUCACGCACCCAUGCUUAUGGCUGGGAGAGUGAGGCGGCAGUGGAACAUGCACGAAAGCAAGUGGCUAUGGUAAUUGGUGCUGAUCCAAGGGAGGUAAUUUUUACAAGCGGUGCAACAGAGUCCAACAAUAUAGCAGUCAAGGGUUGUGCUCGAUUCUACAAGUCAAAGAAGAACCAUAUAAUCACAACACAAACAGAACACAAGUGUGUGCUGGAUUCCUGUAGAGCUUUGGAGAUGGAGGGAUUCAGGGUGACAUACCUCCCCGUACAGAAGAAUGGGCUGAUUGAUCUCAAGGUCCUAGAGAAUUCAAUGACAGAGGACACCGUCCUAGUUUCUGUGAUGACUGUGAACAAUGAGAUCGGUGUCGAGCAGCCUGUAGCAGAAAUUGGAGAGCUGUGUAGAUCUAGGAAGAUAUUUUUUCACACUGAUGCUGCGCAGGCCGUGGGUAAAAUCCCCAUCAACGUCAACGACAUGAAGAUUGACCUGAUGUCCAUCAGUGGUCACAAGUUGUAUGGACCAAAAGGUAUUGGAGCUUUGUACGUCAGGAGGCGUCCGAGAGUGAGGAUUGAGGCCCCACAGAGCGGUGGGGGGCAAGAGCGAGGCAUGAGGAGUGGAACCGUUCCCACACCCCUGGUGGUUGGACUUGGUUCUGCUUGUGAAGUGGCGAUGCAGGAAAUGGAGUAUGAUCAUUCCCGAAUCAAGACUCUCUCAGACCGUCUGGUGAACAAAAUUCAGGCAGCACUACCCAUGGUGAUAAGGAAUGGAGAUCCUGAAAAAUCAUAUCCAGGUUGUGUGAAUCUUUCGUUUGCCUUUGUGGAGGGAGAAAGUCUUUUGAUGGCUCUGAAGGACAUUGCUUUGUCCUCUGGAAGUGCCUGUACAUCCGCAUCCCUGGAACCAUCCUAUGUACUCAGAGCUGUCGGCGCUGAUGAAGAUUUGGCCCAUUCCUCCAUUAGGUUUGGUAUUGGACGAUUUACAACUGAAGCAGAAAUUGAUUACACAGCUGAGAAGUGCAUUGAACAUGUCAGUAGGCUGCGAGAAAUGAGCCCGCUGUGGGAAAUGUCCCAGGAAGGAAUUGAUAUUAAAACAAUCCAGUGGUCCCAGCACUGAUUUUCCAGAUGUGCUCACUCUAUACAAACUCCACACCUAUAUCUGGCCCAGCAAUGUUGUGUUGAAGGUGGACUUAUUGUGCUGUUAUAUCCUCACAGCUACCAGUUCCUGUCACGCUACAGUGAAUCUUUUGUUGUUAGUUGCACAUCUUCUGAGGAUUUCAUGGAAUACUUGUUAAAUUCACAUUUUCUUAGGACAAAGUGGUUUAUUUGUGUUAAAAUUUUUGAUAUUUAUUUCAUUGUACCUGUGAAAAGUAUUUAAUGGUGCAUUUAUACAUAUUUUGCCAAUUAAUCAAAAUAAUGUUAUCCAGCAAUAGAACUUUGUUGGCAUGCAAAUGUAAACAGCUUAAGAGUGUUUUUGUCUAUCUUUUUAAAAUGAAUUGGCUUGGUCAUGCCUAAAGGUAAUUUUUCGUCAUUUAUAGUCACAGAUAAUAACUGUAUCAGAAUCUACCAUUUACAAACCGGUAUGUGUAUGCUGUAUGGUAUGCAAUGUUGUUGAUAUUACUAAUAAAUUAUGAUGGACAAUUUC